AUGUUGCAGCUUGGUGGCUCCCAGGAUACGUCGCCUGAAGUUCGUGGCGUAGGAUUGUCAGACCCUAAACUGUCCCAAUCCAGGCGGCGGCUUUUGGAUUUAAUAAACCGGUUGCACAGCACUGGCGUGCAAAAAGAUAUUGACCUUCCCGUCAUUGCUGUUAUUGGCUCGCAGAGCGUUGGUAAAUCGUCGUUGAUCGAGUCCAUCUCCGGCAUCACUCUACCGCGGUCUAGCGGCACCUGCACUCGAUGUCCGACGGAGUGCAAGCUCAGCUACUCCAAGGAACCUUGGCACUGUACGGUAUCGUUGCGCUUUGAGACAGACGAGCAUGGCGAGCACCUCGGGCAGGCGCGGAACGUCGCGUUUGGCGAGAUCAUCUAUGACAAGGCGGGAGUGGAAGACAGGAUUCGCCGGGCGCAGAGGGCUGUACUGAAUCCCGCCACUACUUCGCGUCACUUCCUAGACGACGACGACGAGACCGGGUCCAUUGCCGGUCAGCUUGCGUUCACGACCAAUAGUAUCUGUCUCCAGAUUACUGGACCUGACGUGGCAGAUCUGUCCUUUGUUGAUCUUCCCGGCCUUAUUGCUAGCGUGUCUCAGGGUGGCAAUGUACGCGACAUCCAGCUUGUCGAGGAACUCGUCAACAAGUACAUCAAGAAGCCGAGCUGCAUUAUCCUGCUCACGGUGACCUGUGAAGUCGACUUUGAGACACAAGGCGCCUAUCGGCUUGCGAUGGAGGCUGACCCAGAGCGGAAGAGGAUCGUUGAAGAGAACAAUUGGCUUCGCUACAUACGGAACGAAAAGGAACCUCUUGAUAACGGAUGGUACUGCGUGAAGCUUCCUGGUACCAAGGAUCUAACGGCCGGGAUUUCUUGGGAGGAUGCUCGGGCGGCGGAAGACCACUUCUUCAGUUACACAUCGCCUUGGUCUACCUUGGAUCCCUAUGACCAGAAGCACCUUCGGACGCGCAAUCUGACGGAGCGUCUGAGCGAUCUCUUAUCGCAGCUCAUAGCAAAAAGGUUACCUGAGAUACAAGACGAGCUGCAAUGCCUGCUCCGCAGAACCGAAGAGUCGAUUCGAGAGCUGCCUUCGGCGCCGUCCGCGGACCCCGUCUCCGAGGUGCUGCACAUGAUUGGGAACUUUAUGCGUCAACUCUCCAUGGAGCUUGAAGGCACUCCCGAAGAGACCGGUCUCUUGCAGAAGAUACAGCCUGCGCACGAGACGUUCAAGAAGGCGAUCCGCACGACCGCGCCGAACUUCAGGGCCGACGUGAAGCGGAGUCGCCCCAGUGGGUCUUUCUUCGGCAAGGGGCGUCGCAGUGCGUCAGAUUCAGACAUUCCCCCGCCGCCGAUGCCUCCCCCUGAUUUCUUGAUCCACGAAGACGGCGAAAUCAUCCUGGAGAACCAGAGUCGAGUUAUUCACAUUGAUGAGGUGAUGGACCGGGCAAAGAAGGCGGUCACGAGGGAGCUGCCCGACAAGUAUCCUUUCAUGGUCACGAAGCUCUUCAUCAAAGAGAUCACGAGGAACUGGACGGACCCGGCCAUGAAGCUUUUCGACGUUAUCCACAAUCAGUUAUUUGAACAUGUGAAGAAGCUGGUCGUGGACGAAUUCGGGCGGUAUGCGGAGAGUGGUCUGCAAGCGCGGAUCAUGCUUAUUGUAGCAGACCAUGUCCAGGAGCGUAAGGAGCGCACUAGAGAGCGGAUCGAGUGGCUUUUGGGUCUCGAGGAGGAACCAUUCACAUUGAACGCACAUUACUACAUGGACUACAAGGACAAGUUUUUGGCUUACUAUAAGGGGUAUCGCCAGAAGAGCCAGAACACAUCGCUCAUGUCCCAGUUGGGUCAAGGCAGGGCCACAGAUCCUUACGACGAGUCUGAAGAGAUGGUGGCACCACUCAAUGAUUUGCAGGCGGCGCUGGCGGCCCUUGUGAGACUAGGAUUCCAGGGUGUGAAAGCGGAAGACCUCCCGAAGCUCUUGCCUCCGGAUCCGUUCGCGCCUGCCAUCGAGAUCAUGGCAGAGACCCGCGCUUACUUCCAGGUUGCUUAUAAGCGGGUAACGGAUAACGUGCCCCUGGCGAUCGACCACGAGCUUGUGCGCGGACUGGAGCAGGGUUUGGAGGAGGCUUUGUACAGGGGCCUGUCUAUUGGCGGUUCGGAGGCGUCGAGUGUUUGCAGGGCGUUGACGCAGGAGCCGAUAAACGUUUCUGCGAGGAGGGAGGAAUUGGUCAAGAAGAGGGAGAGGUUGGAGAGUGCGAAGGCUGAGUUGCUUGGAAUCUGA